CGAGCAACCGUCUGCAUCGCGCGCAGCUCUCGAAGCGAUUUCGAACACCCCGCACCCCCUUAAGGAUACAGCACAGCACUUUCCACAGGCGCCAGCCAGUCGCGUUCCGCAUCCCAAAAGGAUUCCCAUAAACAUUCCAAAGGAGCAAUGUCAGCGGUGCCCAUUAAAGCCCUCCUCGCUGGAGUCUUUCUCUUGGCCAACGCCUGGCACAUCACAGCUGGGAACGAGCAGCACCAGAAGCAUUUGGAGUGCUGGCACUGCAGCUCCGACACCGUGGGAGCGGAGGACUUCUGCGAUGUGACCUUCCAGGAGGACAGCAUUCCCACGGAGGUCAAGGAGCGGAACAUCAAUCUGCUGAGGAGCUGCAACAGCACCAUCCAUUCCGAUCACGAACGCGCUGUUUGCCGCAAAACAGUGGAGGAGAACAAUGGAAAAAUAGUAACCAAGCGGUUCUGCUACUACACCAACAAGUCGGAUCCCGUGGAGCUGUGCAACAUGACCAGUCCGGAGAAGAAUGUGCGUCGGAUAUUCUGCGAGGACUGCCUCACCGAUCGCUGCAAUGGAGCCUUCGCAGGAACCGCCAUCCUGGAGAUCCUGCUGCUCCUGCCCGUCGUGGCUUUGAUCCAACAGUUGGCCGUCUAAGCGAAGCAUCUCUGUAUUGUAUUUUAGUUGAAACGUGAUAUUUUGCCUGGCCUUGCGGGCCGAGCUGUUGCUGAUUAACUUUUACGUUUAGCUCGGUUUAACUUAGUUUCGGGGACUCUAGAUCCCUCAGUCCCUUACUGAUUAGCCUACAUUCAGAUCGAAGUUUAAGAUUCGUUUAUAAGUUUAUGAUUUGCCUGGCCGAGUGCCAAUGUUCGUCAAGCUCAAAGCCCGAAAAUUCCAAAACAAAUCUAAAUGAAAUUCUAAGUAAAUAGAACGAUACCAAAUACAAAAUAAUUAAAACUACAAAACAAUAAACACUAGAGUUUAAACCCCCGAGCACAGUAAAUACUCACUAAUAGUCUAUGUAAAACAUGAUAUUUUAAUGUAAAGAACACAAGCCUUCACCUAUGUAAUUAUCACAGAUGCUAGACAAAGAAGAAACUCAACUUAAAUCAAAGUAUUAAAGCACUCGAAUAUACAAAACAGUACGAAUAAAGUUUACACAUC